AUGCGCGGACGUCGCCAUCGCGUCCUACUUGUGACCCUGGCAAUUUGUUGCGGCUUCCUAAUCGAAGAAGUCCAAGGCGCCUGUCCGUCCAAAUGCAACCGCCACGGAACCUGCGGAAGUGACAACAUAUGCACGUGCUUCCCUGGCUACACAGGCUACGACUGCAACUCCCGAGCUUGCCCGAAAGGAGCUCCCUGGGUCGACUUUGCCACGGGUCAAGACUCAGUCCGCGCUGUUGCUCAGGAAUGCUCCAACCGAGGUCUCUGCAAUCGCAGCAAUGGCAAAUGUGAAUGUGAUACAGGAUUCGCCGGCCCUGCAUGUGAACGGUUGCAACUGUGCCGCACAAACUGCAAUGGCCAUGGCAAGUGCAUGUCGAUGCGAGCGAUGGCAGCCACCAAGAACGACUACAACCUCUUCUACUCAGCCACGUACGACACACCUUGGGACGCUGACCGGAUCUUUGGCUGCGUGUGCGAUCACGGCUACACCGGUGCGGAUUGCUCUCUACGACAAUGUCCGUACGGGGACGACCCCAUUUCAACUGGACAGGUCGACGAGGUGCAGUCCGUUUCCUGUCUUUGUAAUGGCUGCACAGGGACGUUUACAUUGAGCUUUCGUGGAGAGACAACGCGUCCAUUAGUUGGAAGUGUCGACACAGCAGCAACGCUCAAGGCUGCACUGGAAGACUUGAUAACGAUCCGUGGAGUCUCCGUCACUUUGAAUGGCGGAGCGACUUUGUGUGACUCGGACGGCGUAUCUGCAAUAAUUACAUUCACGUACGAACAUGGAGAUGUGCCAGCGCUCGUUAUUGCUUCAUCUCUUUCAGGAGGUACCAGCUUCCUUACGGUGGAAACAGAUGGAACCCAAGCUGCGUAUGGACCCACUCCGCCGCUGACAGAACGAGGAACCAAAGAGUGGCUCGAGUGCUCUGGUAGAGGAAAUUGCAACACUCUUAUCGGUUUAUGUGCAUGUGCGGCAGGCUUUGGGCCCAGCAAUGUAGGACUGGGCGCAUCGGGGAACAUCUUGGACUGCGGACACUACAGCGGUAGUGGCUUGACAACUUGCGCAGGAAUCACGGGGUCGGUGACGCGUUGCUACAAUCAUGGACGAUGCCAGGGCGCACCGUUCUACCGGUGCUUGUGCGAUGAGGGGCAUAGAGGCUACGAUUGCUCGCAGCCACAAUGCCCCACUGGACGGGCGUGGGUGGAAGAAGCAGUAGCAAACAAUGUGGCUCACAAUUCGGUUGUUCAGUGCUCGAAUGCGGGUCUCUGCAAUAGUGCUGGCAUUUGUAGGUGUCUUCCGGGCUUUGGAGGAGCCGCAUGCAAUCGAAUGUCGUGCCCUACCAGCAACGGAGCUGUUUGCAGCAAUCGAGGGACGUGUCGGACACUUCGAGAGUUAGCAGCACUCACGCCAACCUCUACGUUCACCGCUGCAGGUUUCGUGUACGGAUCCGACCCCAACGCUUUGUCAACAUGGGAUGCAGAUAUGAGUCAGGGCUGCUACUGCGACAAAGUUCCGCUGGACCGAGGAAAGAAUGUGCGCUAUUCUGGCUACAGCUGCUCGAAAACCCCGUGUCCGAGUGGUGAUGAUCCCUGGACGACCAACCAGGUGGAUGAAGUUCAGAGCGUGAGCUGUUCAGCUGACGGAGGGAGCUUUACGCUGUCAUUCCGAGGAGAGACUACGCUGCCAAUCCCAUUCUCAGCAUCGACUGCGACAGUGAAGUCUGCGUUGGAGCGUCUUCUUACGUGA